AUGACAGACCAUAGUUUAAACGAAGAUAAGAGUGGCAACUCAAAAUCAAAAUUGUCUGAACAAUUUAAUGAUCCAUCAGAUAAUCCUCCACCAUAUAGUUCGUUAUCAAAGACUUCUUCAACCAUAAGUAUUAAUAAUGAUAAGACUUUCAAAACCCCCUUUCUUCAUACAUUGACUCCUCCUAGUACAACUUCAUUGACAGAAGAGUAUUCACUUGGAUCUAGUUCAUCAUCAUUAGGUUCAUCUUCAAUUAAAGGAAAAAACAGCCCAUAUAGACCAUCUAAAGAUCAACAAAAAUAUAUUGAUCUUUUAUCGGCCAAUGGUAAUUCUAGACAAGCUUUAAAACCGGUUCAAACAACCACUCAAACAGAAUACUUUGAUGUUUUACCAUCUUUUCAAAUGUUUCAAUCGAUCUUAAGAAGAGAUGAUAAUCAAUUUAAUGAAAAUUUAGCUGUUGAACCUCCAGUUUAUGGUGAUGUAGAUAAUUCUUCUCCUACUCCACCAGCAUUAUCUCCACAACCUACAAAUGGCAAUGGUAAUAUAGAUCAAGUAUUGGAUGAUGUAGCCGACAGACUUAAUGAGUAUGAAUUAAAUGAAGCUCAUGAUGAAGAAGAAGAUGAAGAAUAUUUUCAGACUCAAAGUCAAAGUCAACAUCGUUCACCAUCUAGGAAUAAUCGUAUGCCAAGUCCACAUCCUCUUCAUAAUUCAAAUAAUAUCACUUAUGAUAAUCAUGCACAUUCACCAUUAGAUAAUAUUGAUAAGUUACCUAAACUAAACAAUGCCCCUAUUGAAAUAGAAAUCUUUGUUACUAAGAGAGUUCCUCAACCACAUGUUCAUAAUGAACCUGAAACAAGAUUAAAAGAGUAUACUAGUGGUGAUGUAGUUAAUGGAUAUAUUAUAAUCACUAACAAAUCAGAAAAACCUCUCAGUUUUGGAUUAUUUACAGUAUCAUUAGAAGGAACUAUAAAGGAAGCUGAAAGAAAUCUUAAUGCUACUAAUAUUGAUUCUCAUAAGUUUAAUAAGAUUGUUAUGAAAAAAUUCUUAAAAAUGUAUGAUCUUAGUGCAUCUUAUGGAUAUACUCAUGUUCCAAAUAGUGCAGGAAUUGAAUAUAAUGAACAUACUAUCGAUUCAAGUGAUGGAAGUCUGUUUGGAUUACCUGAUAAUCGAGUUUUACAACCUCAUGUUAAGUAUAAGAAAUUCUUUACUUUCAAAUUUCCUCAAAAAUUAUUAGAUAAUGCAUGUUCUAAUUCACUUAUUCCUCAUAUUUUACCACCUCCUUCAAUGGGAUUUGAUCGUACUUGUUUUUAUAAUAGAGGUGAUGAAAUUCAAUUGAAUAAAGCUUUAGGUUAUGGAUUUUUAAAUAUAAGAGGUACACCAUUAAUUACUAAAGAUUAUAGUUUUGAUGAUGUUAGUGUUAGUUAUAGUAUUGAAGCUAAAUUUAUUGAUAAAUUAAAUUUAAAGGAUCAAACUGAACCUUUAUCACAAGAUGAAAUUAAUGAAGCUGCUAAUUCAGAAUCUCAAUAUAUAAUUUCUAGAAGUAGUCAAUACUUUCUUAGAUUUAUUCCAGAUUUACGAGAACAGUUUCAAUAUUAUAAUUUAGGAUUUCAAAAUUCUGCUGAUUCAUUUUCAAGUUCAGGAAUUGAUGGUAAAUUAUUUUUAGAUUACUUACAUUUAACAACCUGGAGAAAUAUUAAUCUUCAAAAUUAUCAGAUUGAGCAGGAAAUCGAUUAUAGAUUAAGUAAACUUGAGGUAACUGUUGAUGAUAUUAAGCAUAAGAAUUUAAUUCUUGAUAAUAGUGAUUUAACUAAGAAGAGAUCUCAAAAAAUAUCAAAGCAGCAUCAAGCUUAUCGAGACUUACAAAGAAAAUUAGAUACAGGGUUAGAAGAAGAAAGAUUAGAUCAAAUAAGAUAUUAUCAAGAACAAUAUAUGAUUGGAAAUAAAAUUCCAAUUCCUACUUAUGGUAAAAAGAAAAAAAUGAUUUUAUCAUCGUUAAUUAAAAUUGGUGAUUCAACAUUAUAUGUUAAAGUUCCUAAAAAAAUUGUACCUUAUGCAUCUCCCAAAUUAUUACAAAAAUUCAAUAAUGGAUCAAUGGAUGAAGAAAGUAGUAGUCAUGGUGGUAGUCAUGGUGGGAGUCAUGGUGGGAGUCAUAGUAAUUUAGUUACACCUGUUGUAUCUAAUAAUUUUGAUGAUAAUAGUUUAAGACCUAUGAGUUCAACUAGUAGUCAUAUGACAGAUUUAUAUAAUCGUGAUGAAGAUGAUAAUCUUGAAUCUCUUAAUCUUAGUAUUAUAUUUAAUGCUGAUGAGAAUUCUUUUAAACCACCUCAAAUUAGUGCAAUUGAGAUAAAUGUUGUCUAUUGGUCAUAUUAUACUGAAUAUCCAUUACCAUUUGAAUUGUACUAUGAUUUCUUCUAUACCAAUCCUGAACAAGAUGAUUCUAAAGUUAGAGAUGAAGUAGAAAUUACUCGAUCUAAUGUUCAAGGUUUAAAAGAUCAAAUUGAUAAUUACAUUGACUUUUUAAGAAUUAAUCAUACCAAUGUAUCUAAAAGUUCAUAUCUUUAUCUUAAAUCCAUUAAAUCUUUAGGGGUUAAAAAAGAUACAAUUAAAGAAUAUUAUAAAACUAUAACUCCCCAUAGUCAUCCUGAAUUAUUAGGAUCUGAAUCGGGUUGGAAAGGUCAACAAUUGGCUAAAUCAAAACGAUUCCAAUGGACAAAAGAUGUUAAAAUUCCAUUAAUUACAAUUAAUAAGAAUAAUGUUACAUUAUUACCAACAUUUCAAAGUUGUUUGGUUGGUAGACUUUAUUGUUUACAAGUGGUGGUCAAAUAUAAGGAUAAUCAGGCUGCUACUAAUGAACAAGGAGAAGUAAUUGAUAAUACUUUAAAGGUUGAUAUUCCAAUAUUAGUUGGUUAA